CGGGGUGCGGCGGAGCCGAGAAGUGGCAGUGAACUGGAUGCCUUGUGUUGAGAGUUAGACCCUUGCUCAGUUGAAGAGGAGAAGACAUUUGCUGUCUGCUUUAUGCCUUGAGCCCAGGAGCACCUAUAAACCAAGACAGUUCUGAGCAUAGUCUGUCUGAGCUGGCACGCUGUGUUGGUGCACCCUCGGAUGAAUGCCGUGCGGGCAUUGUUCAGCUGGCAAUGAGGAGACGGGGGUAGAGAACUUCAUUUGAGCAGAUGUGCCAUGCAGUGAGCAGCCUGCACUGCAGAGCGGUGAAAGCUUGCUGGAGAGUGCUGGAGAAGACGACAGCCAGUACUGUCCUCCCUGGAGAUGGGCAGCAUUAGCCUCUGCUAGGUGCAGCUGCCCCUCAGCCGGAAGAAGGGAGCUCCACUCGGGUGCUGGCUGUGUGUGAGUGCAGUAGGGAGCGGCUGGGACAUCAGGACCUCUGCAGAGAGGGCUGAAUUAGGACUUGCUGCUUGCAGGGCUGGUGUCCAAAGGGAUUGUCUGUGUUCUGCUCCCUGACUAGAGCCUAGCAGGUGCGCUGGGACUCUGCACCGUCUCACUGUGUGUGUGGCACAGGAGGGAUUAGGCGGUGCCUGCGAUGGGGCAUUUGUGAGGAUUCAGGCUCCUGCCAUGCACCCAACAGGGACCCCGGAUGGUGGCUUUUCUCGGUGUGCUGUGCAAACGCUUUCCCGCAGCCACUGCCGAAACAUCAAACAGAAGAUCUCCCAGUGGGAGGGGAGGACUAGAGGGGGCUGCAGCGAGGACAGACAGCAGCCGCAGGACUUUGGGGUACAGUACGACCAUGGCUGUGAGGCUCUGCCAAAGGCCAAGCCACGGGACUGUGGGAAUGACGGAAAGGCUGGGCUAGCAAACUCAAAGAGCUUGGGCCUGGACUUCAGGGAAAAGGGCAGGAACCAUUCUCAGAGCGAGGGUGACAGCGAGAAAGAUGGUGAUUGCUGUACUUCAGAGAGCCUCAGGCCCAAAGUGCGCACGUGCUGCCCGAUUUCCCAGGCUGAGGAGAACGGAGACUGGCGGGGAGGCCUCCUGGACCCAGAGCAGACACUGCCACCAGGGAACUUCUACACCUCACGAGGGCUGUGGAAGAACAUAGCUGUUCCUCCUGACAAGGUCCUGGCGAUGGCAUUGGAGUUGAAAAGGAGAAGAGAGAGCUGUGGCUUGACAGAGCGAGAACUACAUGCUGGGGGAGUGGAGCCCCUCAAUGUGAUGGAGAGGAGCUUCGAAAACAUUUAUUCGGAGGCCGAGGGACAGGAGACAAGGCCUGCUGCCAUCCCUCCCCCAAAGCCCCGCAGGACUUUCCGCUAUCUGUCAGAAAGGGACCAAACGAGCUGCAGUAGAGAAAAGCCACUGGAAGGCCAGUGUAAGGAUUCCCCAGCAGGCUCCUCCCACGAGCCCGAGCAGAGAGAGGCAAACAGGAAAAUCAGAGGGAGAUCCAAGAGGAAAUCCUUUGAGUUUGAAGACAUCCAAGGCUUCCGCAGUCGGAUGGCAGCCACCAGCUCCCAGAAGCUCCAUGAGGAGCUGAAUAGCAGCUCAGGAUCUAGACUCUACUACACACAGUCAGAGGACAACAUCUACGAGGACAUUAUCUGUACGUGUCUGUGCUCUGACGGGGCGGGAGGAGCCUGUUCAGAUCCUGCUAAGGAGAAUCUGUAUGAAGAUAUCAAAGUGUUGCCUUUACCACUGUGGAGGGUCCCGUCGGCCUGGAAGUUACCACCCCCAAAGAAUGCCUUCAAGCCUCCCAAGCUCCCUCCCAAGCCUGCCUUCCUCCAUCGCAAGACACUGGAGCUGAAAGCUGCCCGUGCAUGUCUGCGUGGGAAGGACACGACCCUGCCCGUUACGCUGACAGAGUGGAAGCUGUUCCGAGCAGGGGAGGCUGCUGGUAGGAAAAGGAAGAACCUUCCCGGGCUUGUGUUAAAAAUACAGGAGAUCUUUGAGUCUAAACGUGGGAAGAAGAGGGUGAAGUUACUCGCUUAUACAGGGAAAGAAGCUCCACCAACAAAAGGUGAAACCAGCGGGAAUGAAAGUGAGACGGAGAAUCUGCCAAAAAGUCACCACAAACGCCUGCUGCAAGUACAGUUGACCUCCAAGAGGAACCCGCACUAUCAGACCCUGGAGCGGGAUCUGAUUGAAUUCCAGGAGCAGCAGCUGUUUGAGCUUUUUGUGGUGGUGUCCCUGCAGAAGAAGCAGUCAGAGACGACGUACACCCCGCAGGUCAUACAGCAGUUCCCCAGCAAGCCCGAGCAUCCCUUCAGGCAGUCAAAGGAUACCGAGGAGAGGCUAAAGGUCAUCCCCAAGUUCUGCUUUCCAGAUCCUAAAGCCUGGCUUCCAACGUCAGAGCUCAAAAGUGAAACCUUUUCCUUCGUGCUGACAGGCGAGGAUGGCAGCCGCUGGUUCGGUUACUGCAAGAAGCUCUUGCCAGAAGGGAAAGGGAAGCGGCUCCCAGAGGUGUACUGCAUGGUGAGCCGCCUGGGCUGCUUCAACCUCUUCUCCAAGAUUCUGGAUGAGGUAGAGAAGAGGCGAGAGAUGUCCCCAGCCUUGGUGCACCCGUUCAUGCGCAGUGUCAUGGAGGCCCCUUUCCCUGCUCCUGGACGCACAAUCACUGUGAAGAGCUUCCUGCCAGGAGCAGGAAAUGAGGUCAUUGAACUCUGCCGUCCAUUGGAUUCCCGGCUGGAACACGUGGAUUUCGAGCGCUUGUUUAAGUGCCUUAGCGUCUGCCAUCUGAUCCGGGUGUGUGCCUCUCUCCUGCUGGAAAGGAGGGUGAUCUUUGUUGCGGACAAUCUGAGCACCUUGUCUAAAUGUGGCCAUGCUGUGGUAGCAACACUUUACCCCUUCACUUGGCAACACACCUACAUUCCUGUUCUACCAGCAUCCAUGAUCGAUAUUGUCUGUUCUCCAACCCCGUUCCUUAUUGGCAUUCUUUCUUGCUCCUUACCGCAGCUCCAGGACCUGCCCAUAGAAGAGGUACUGAUUGUUGAUCUUUGUGCUGACAGCUUUCUGCAACAGGUAUCAGACGAGGAUGAGAUCCUACCUCAUAAACUCCAGGCUGCGCUUGUACAGAUUUUGGAGGAACGAAAUGAAAUUUUGUCCCAGGAGCAGAUUUACGCACAAGGUGAUGUAACUCUGAACUCCCUGGUCUCUGAGGCCUUUGUACAGUUCUUUGUGGAGAUUGUAGGACAUUACUCCUUGCACAUGAAUGUCACAGAGAAAGGAGAGCGGGUAUUCCAGCGAGAGCCAUUCCGAAAGUCCCACACCUCUCGCAAUGUGCGCCAUUUCCUGGACCUUUUCAUGGAAACACAGAUGUUUGCAGGAUUCAUACAGGAUCGGGAACUCCGUAAGAGUGGGGUCAAAGGCCUGUUUGAGGUCCGUGCCUUGGAGUAUUUGGAGACCAUUCCGGAGACAGAACCAAGCGGAAUGAACAAAAUUCUGCGCAGUCUGGGAAGUAAAAUGAAAUUUCUUCAAAGGAAGUGAAAACACGGGUGCUGAAACACUGAUGAAGAGAGAUGUAGUCAUCACUGGGACACAAAGAGGAGUUUUGCAUACAAAUGCUGCCGUCUUGUCCAAAUUGUGUGUCAGACAUACUUACUGAGAUGCAGCUCAGUCCAUGGAAAGCUCAAAUACUGGGAGAAAAUGGAAACAAAAAAAUUAGUACAAUCCAUCAACUUCCUAUGCCUGGUUUCACUGGAGUGUUGUGGAGGCAACUGGAAAUGGAUGCAGCUGGAGAACUUGAUGCUGGAGAUGCUAAUCACCUCAUCCCCACUGAUGGGGAAUAUAAAGGGGAGCUUUUUCUCUUUGUGAAGCUUCAGACUCCAUAUUUUUGCUGCUUGGCCUGAUGAGCCAUUCUUUAGGAAAAGUUAUUUGUUUGGUUAAUACCAAUUCAGCAUUUAAGGACUAAGCUAAUGUAAUCAUGAGACAGGGCUGUUGGUCAUGCUGGGUCCAGGGAAUGGGCUGUGCAAAUACUGGCAUACACAGAGGGUUCACAGGGCUGCCUCAGGAGCUGGAAAGAUUGCUCUGGCUGCUGUUCAGUUCCCUUUUGCCGUCUCUCCUUCAAGUGCACUGCCAUAUCUAUGGUGUAUGGUUUUGAUAGCACCUAGCCAUAUUCUUUGUUGGUUGGUCUGAACUCAGAAAUAGCUUCUCAUUCACUGUAAUUUGUAUUUCCCAGCUGUUUAUCACAAAGCUUUACGUUUUUGAAAACCAAGUGGAAAAUGUCAGUUUAUUUUCUGCUGAUUUGUCCUAUAUUCUGAUUUCACACUGCCUAGUGCUCCUCACCCUACACACAGACACAUGGAAUAUGCUUGUCCUAUACCUUACAUACACUUACUGCUAUAAGUUUGGUCUGGGUGACUUCCACAAAACAGAACUGCAAUUUUUUGCGAUGAAAUGGCAUCAUCUCUGCAUAGGGAGCCACAUUAAUUCUUUAAAUGUUGGCAUUAAAAUCAACUGUUCAAUGUUGAAUUGGUGCAGCUGACAGGAAAGUAUCUCAAGGAUGCAGAUGCUGAGCCAUAUAUUUUAAAAAAGGAUUUAAAAAACAAAUCCUUUCUUCCUCUAAACUUUCUCUCUAGCUGCUUUGCUCCUUUUUAUUAUGAAAUUAAAAAGUUGGACAAAUGCGAUUUCUUCCUUUUCUAUCAAAACACUGCUAUCUUAAUUCUCUACUGGUGAGAAAUGUGGAUUCCUCAGCAUCUGUUGUGGGGGAAGAAUACAGAUACAGUGGGUAACAGUAAUUCAAUCCCAUGAUAGUUUGAACAGUUUAUGGUAGCUGCCUGGGUUUAUAUUUUAUAUAUUUAUACCAGUUAUUUAUACAAAGUAAUUAAUGCUGUUGCCCUAUUAUGUUUUAGCCAAUUAAUCAAACCGUUCUCUGGGCCUUUGUGGGCCACUGGCUGCAGCUAGAGGCUGGUUUCUGAUGGAGUUCAAUCCCAUAAAAUGUUGUUUACAUGUAACUGAAACACUCUGACUGAAUGCUAAGUAUGUGUAAUAAUACAGUGACUCCAAUAGUGAAGUGAAAAGUCUUCUCUGGUGUGUCAACUUAAGGGCUAUGAGAAAGUACUAGCUCUGGGUGGAAGAGUUAGCACAUAGAAUUCAUGAACUAGUCUGACACAGCCACACAGCAGAGCUCAAUUCCUGAUACAGGAUUAUAAACAGAAUGAGUUGGUGUUCUUAAGAAGCUUGUCUACAUCUGAAAACAGCUGCCUUAUAAAUUGGCUGUAGGUUAGAGCCUUUUUCUCCUUAACAAGAAGCCAGGACAUGAGGUAAGUUAGUGAUGUGCAUGGCUGAAUAGUAGAGGUCCCUGUAAAGCCUGGUAGCUGGAGUUCAGAGCUGAAGUGAAGGUUUCAAGCAUCUCCCAUACUUGGCUGCUAUUUGUUUUGACGAGAAACUUUAGAUGUGUUAACUUAGAAUUUUAAAAAGUGUUUUAAAUCUUUUGGUUAGGUCAGAACUAGUUAUCUGACAAGCUUAGAUUUAAUAAAAAAUGAGCUUAAGUGUUAA